AUGUCCCCGCCAAAUAAUCGACGAGUUCUCUCUCCCUCACUACAAUGUCCUCAUUGUACCAAAGCAUUCUCUCGCCCGAGCCACCUCGAUCGGCAUCAACUAACCCAUCUCCCACCAAGCCUGAAAGCCGUCUUACCAUGUCCUCGCUGUGACAAGUCAUUUUCGAGACGCGACGUUUUGUUUCGGCAUUUGCGUGCCUCUCAUCUAAUCAAACAGCCAAACAUUAAACGAUCGAUGAGAAAGUCGUGUUAUCGUUGUGUCAUCAAAAAGCGGAAAUGCGAACGAGCACGACCCUGUGGAGGGUGUAUUGAGUCCCAGGUUCCGUGUGAGUAC